AUGAGUUCAAAGGGAUACGUGCCUAUACCUAGUUCUUCAGAUUCACAGACACAUAGUUUAGGCUCUAGUUUUCCAAUGCACAAACACUCGUUUGCGUCCUUAAACAGUGUGAUCGAGACCCAGCCGAUAUCCCAUGACAGCCAGGGCAAUUUCGUGGAGCAGAAAACAGGCCGCAGAGUUUUGUUGCACGGCAUCAAUCUAGAUUCCAACUCUAAGAUGCCCAAAACCCCUACCCAGUACAGCUACUCUAGACCGGAUAAGUGUGGGUUUUGGGAGGAGGCCGACCAUGUUUCGUUUGUUGGGAGGCCAUUCCCAUUAGAGGAAGCGUAUGAGCAUCUGACCAGAAUCAAGCUCUGGGGUUACAACACCAUUCGAUACGUGAUUACCUGGGAGGCAAUCGAGCACGAAGGUCCCGGUAUCUACGACGAAGAUUUUAUUGAUUAUACCAUUCAAAUGUUGCGCAAAAUUGACGAGAUUGGAGGAUUGUAUGUGUUUAUCGAUCCCCACCAAGACGUGUGGUCCAGAUUCACCGGAGGAAGCGGUGCUCCUUUGUGGACGCUAUAUGCUGCGGGACUUGAACCUCGCAACUUUCCUGUCACCGAAGCCUCGGUGCUCCACAACGCCAGCGCAGAUCCUCAAAAGUUCCAGAAGAUGGUGUGGGCCUCAAACUAUUUCCGAAUGGCUGCAGAGACAAUGUUCACCCUGUUUUUCUCCGGAUCCCUGUUUGCCCCCAAAGCCAUUAUUGACGGAGUCAACAUCCAGGAGUAUUUGCAAUCGCAUUUCCUGGACGCCAUAUCUUACUUGCUUGUGUCAAUCAAGAAGAGUGCUCCUGAGCUGUUCAACAAGUCGAUCAUGGCUGUGGAGUCUCUGAACGAGCCAAACUCUGGGUAUUUUGGGUUUGCCGACUUGGAAAAGUACCCUCUUUCACAAGAAUUGAGGCUCGGAACGUGUCCCAAGCCUAUUGAAGGAAUGCGACUGGGUAUGGGACUGCCUCAGGAGGUUGACCUAUACUCACUUUCGGUGUUUGGCCCCAGAAAGACAGGAACAAGACUGAUAGACCCGAACGGAGCAAAAGCAUGGGUCUCAUCGGACAAGAUGGACAAACACUAUGGGUUCAAGCGGGAUAAAGAUUGGAAACUGGGAGAGUGUAUAUUUGCACAGCACAAGGUUUGGAACCCAGAAACAGGAGAAGCUCUUAUACCACAUUAUUUCAGCAUACAUCCAGAAACAGGCGAGACGUUGGAUGAGGAGACUUUUAUCAACACGCGAUUUGUGGAUUUCUGGACAAAAUUUAAAGAUACGGUGCGUAAGGUCGAUACCCAGCUGUAUGUGAUCAUGCAGCAUCCGGUGAUGGAGAUUCCUCCGUCGUUGGAAGGAACACCAUACAUCGACAGCCGAACAGCGGUUGCACAGCAUUAUUACGACGGGAUGUCUCUCAUGUUCCAAACAUGGAACCGGAAUUACAACGUUGACACGGUUGGGAUCAUGAGAGGUCGGUACAUCAACCCUGUGUUUGGGCUUGUUUUCGGAGAGUCGAAUAUCCGCAAGUCUUUCCGCAACCAGCUCAACCAACUCAAGGAGGAGGCGCAGAAUGCGCUCGGUACCGAUGUCCCUGUUAUUAUUUCCGAGACGGGCAUGCCGUUUGAUAUGGAUCAAAAGAAGGCGUACGAGACGGGCGACUACAGCUCGCAGAUCAGUGCGAACGACGCGCUGUGUGCGGCGUUGGAGUCCAACAACUUGAACUGCACUUACUGGUGCUACAACUCAAGCAAUUGCCACAAAUGGGGAGACAACUGGAACCUGGAGGACUUUUCGCUCUUCUCGAGAGACGAUAUCGAGGAGAACAAGUACGACAGCCUGAUGCAGAACGCCGCGUAUGGCACCACGAGCAUUGGCACGUACAUUGAGUGGCUCACGAGCUCGUCCACCAGUUUGGAGACCGGGUCGAAGAAGUCGGAGGUGGAGGUUGAGGAGUACGAGCUGGAAAACAAGGUUGUUUCGCUGAUGAGCGGGACUCGUGCUGCUUCGGCGAUUGUGCGGCCGUACGGGGUGCUUGUGAACGGGACUGUGACGAUCAGCGAGUUUGACUUGAAAAACGGACGGUUCACGAUGGAGAUCAACACGCGGGGCCAGCGCGAGACACACGCACCUACGGUGAUCUACCUGCCGGAACUGCAUUUUGCACCGGGCCAGUUCGAGAUCCGGGUGUCUACGGGGACCACGGUGUACCGACAUAACAAGUUUGUGCAGCUGGUGGAAUGGGACCACGGGGUGCAAAUCGGGGACGUGCGCAUCGAGGUGUGCAACUACGGCAAUCAGGAGACGGAAAACUACGGGGAAUCAAGCACUUUAAAAGCGCUGGCCUGCGGGUACUUGUGA